CAUCCGUUUUGAAUCGUUAAAAUAAGCUGACAUUUCGAAAAAAAAAACAAAACAGCUGUGUCGGCCGGCGCGCGUUGUUGUUUGUUUUUGUUUAUUUGUGGUUUUAGGCAAACUUUGUGUAUUUGUUUUGGGUGAAAAACAAAACAACGGAUCCAAAUAAUCUAUAUUUUAUCAUCAUACGUAAUGAGUGACGAAGAAUAUGAUGAGGAAUUGCCGCCCAUAUCCGUCAACACAUCAUUUUCUCGUGAUUCUCAAGAGCUGCUUCGGAUGCCGACAGCGGAGGAGCUCGCGAGCCAACGGGCGCGCGAGGCGGAGUGCGAGCGGGAGCUGGAGGCGCUGCGCGCGGCCGACGCGGCGGUGGCGCACGCGGCCGACUCCAGCGGCUCCGAGGGCGAGGCCGCGCUGGCCGCCGCCGUCACCGCCAUGCGCGUGCAGGCCGCCGCGCGCGCCGCGCCGCCCGCGCUCGCGGACUCGCUCGUUCCGAUGCUGACGCGUCUGCCGCAGGACUACGUGCCCGUGGCGCUUCUGGAGAGCCUCCGGGAAGCCACGCCCGGCACUCUCGCGACUCUCACCGAAGAUGUGUGCGAAGCGUCCCUGUCGGGGCAGCUGGGCUGCGACGAGGCGUGCGUGGCGGGCGUGUGGCUGUGCGCCGCGUCGCUGGGCGCGCGCUCGCGCGGGCUGCGCCGCCGGAGCCGCCGCGCGCUGCACGCGCUGCUGGGGCGCGACCUCUUCGCGGACCCGCACGGGGAGGCGAGUCGGGCCUUGUCGGAGGCGGUGGCAGGCGGCGCGGGUGACGCGCUCGUGUGGCUGGAGAUGGCGGACGCGCUGGGGCCCGCCGCGCCGCGCCUGCACGGCCGCCUGCUGCGCACCGCGCUCGCCGCCUUGCUCAAUAUACAGGUGCCACCAGAGGUGCUGGUUGCAGCCUCGAAGCUCCAGUUAUUAUUCCGCGAGUGA